CUUACCCCCCUAUAUCAGUGAUUACUGUGCAUAAUUCUUAAGGGAUGAUCGCAUCCUAAACUUGUAUUUACUGCAACCCACGAGAAUGGCAGGAAUAGAGAGCCAUAGGAUGGCCACUGCCACCCCACCAUCAGACAACACCCACCCUGGCAUAGCCAUUCUUACGUGACCCCCGAAGCAGUCGACCUGCCGCAUAUGUCGCCGCUGUCAUAAUGGGGAGGUAUGACACACGGGGAUCUCAUUUCUUUCGAUGCUUUCCCCCGGAGGAGUCUUGGUUAGUCAUUCCCGCGUGGCUUCUCGCUUCUAUGAUCCUUCUGUCGUACUUGAGAAAAUAAAGUGACGAUCGAGUUUACAACAUCCAAAGCGACUCGAACCUGGCGCUGGCGCUGUCCAGAACUUGUUUGAUGCGGUGAUAAUUGUUCUUUUCUCAUCUAGGGCGUCUCUCGUCGACUCUUCUGUGAUAUCAAUCUUGCGCCCCAGGAGUCGUCGCUAUGGCGAAAGUACCGACCCCAGAAGAGCUCGCCUACAUGCAGGCACACGAGAGCGACACAUUCGUCCCAAACAUUAUCGCAGCCGCUUCAAUUUGCGGCGUAAUCUCCACCAUUUGUGUAUCCCUACGAUUGAUAUCGCGACGACUAGCCCAUAGGCGCUUCUACUUCCAGUUGAAUGAUUGGCUUAUUGUUGUCGCUUGGGUGUUUUUUAUGACCAUCAACAUAUGUUGGGCCCUUUCAACAAAAUGGGGAGUCGGGCGGCAUAUUAUCUUCGCGACGAAUAUACGAAUGAUACAGAUUAUGAGCGUUAUCGGCGAAUUUCUAUACGUUUUCACCAUCGCCUGCAUCAAAUUCAGUGUUCUUAAUCUCUAUGCGACUAUCUUCCCCCAACGAAAUUUUCACUACUGCAUUUGGGGCAUGGCCGCUUUCAUAGGCGCAUGGGCUCUCUCCGGUGCUUUUACUGCGUUAUUUCAAUGCACGCCGUUCUCUCAUGCUUACGACCCUGCGUCUUCGCUAGACGGUUUCUGCAUUAAUUUCGGUCUCCAGAACCUUGUCUCGGGCAUCGUGAAUGUCAUUACCGAUUUCAUCAUCGUUGGGAUGGUUAUCCCCUUGGUAUGGAAACUGCAAAUUUCCCGUCAGAAGAAAUGGCUCGUUAUUGUUACCUUUAUCAUAGGUAGCAGUGCAUGCAUUGUCAGUUGUGUACGACUUGCUUUCUCACUGCAAGUCGGUACGGCAGAUGGAGCGUGGGAUGCCGCACCAACCAUUAUAGUGUCAAUGGUUGAGCUUACUGUGGGUAUUCUUGCCGUGUCUAUCCCGACCUACCGUCCCGUGUACAGGGCUAUACUGGGCAAAGGGAAACAUGGAAAGUCAAGCGACGGCUACAGUAACAAUAACAGCAACGGAAAUGAUACGAGCAUAAACAUAAGGGGCUACAGCGCUGCCGUUCAGAAUAACGUCAACGUCUCUGCAACUGGAGGCUCUUUCGGGACCGGUCGACCUGGAAUCAACAUCACUGAUUACAUAGAGUUGGUUCGACAUACGAAUAGGGAUGGGGCUUGGGUGAAAGUAGUGGAUGACGAUGAUGUGCAACCGAUUGGCACUGCAGCUAGUCGAAGCACUACUAUUCCGGCUGACGCUCAUAUGUCACAUUCAGAUACAGCAUUGGUGCAGACGAAGUCUAAUGUAUAGGUCGGAUAUGGCUAUAUUCAGGAUCAUAGGGAUCCUAAAAGGGGUGGCCGUGUCGGUACUAGGACAUGUUGGGACAUGUCAUAAAUGGGCCUGAGAUGUGGUACACACUCAUGAUAUAUAAUGUGCAUAUGAACGAAUCUUAUGGGAGGAAAGCGUUGAAAUUAAUUAAUCAGA